GCCGACCAUGAAGGGACAGCCAGAGCCGCCAUUCUGUGUCUACUAUGCUGUUCAAGUGUAAUCGCAGAGAUAGGAACCAUCCCAGAUUUGGACAAGGGACUUGUAUUUCUCCGAGAACGGGAACUAUUAGUUACUGGAAACUAUUGGAAUCUGGUGAUAAAUCUGGAUGUCCAGUGGUACCAAACUGCCCUGCAGUACAUCGAGCAAGUUUUCACUCAUUUAGAAUGGAGCCGGAGUCAACGUGCCCAACAAAACAAAUUCAUAAAUUGGGAAGAAGUGGAACAGGCACGCGUUGCCGUGGAUCAAGUAAAUCAGGAGCUACGUACCCUUUCCAAGUUGUUACCCGUUCCGACGGAUGCUGAUUUAACCCCCCGACGGAAAAGAGGAUCAAUUAAUAUAGGAGGGGAAGCCCUUAAAAUCUUGUUUGGGAUAGCAACCACUCAGCAAUUGCAGGAAGUGCAUGACACGGUGGAAGGCAUUAAAACAAGGGAAGGUGACGUCAUUCAUGCAGUUCAGAAACAGUUAACUUAUCUUAAAUCAGUAGAUAAAACAGUUUCCCAGAAUGCAGUUGACUAGCAGCAGUGGCCCGCAUUCUUAAAAAUGUUGUUAGUAACGCCUUGAAAAAUAAGAAAACUUGGAAUAAUACUACUAGAAAUUUAGAAAAUUUGAUAAGUUACAGAGCAAAUAUUUCACGCGUUAUGCGCGAAUUGGACUUUAUGGUUGUACAAUUGCAACAAUCCGUGAUGCGCUUACAGGAAGGGUUAGAAACUAGCGCCACGGGAAGGUUAUCUUCAGUUUUAAUUCCCCCACAUAACUUAUCAAUGAUUUUGCAGCAAGUAAUUUUGAAGUUACCACAGGAUGUUUCAUUGAUUGCUGGAUUUACUAUUGACAAUAUGUAUAUUUACUAUGAAGUUGCAAAAGUGCAGGCUUAUGCCACGACGACCGCCAUUCGACUCGUAGUGCGAAUUCCUUUACGAGGUGCAGAUCGAGUCAUGACCCUUUUUAGGAGUGUACCCCUACCAGCUUAUUCCGAGGUAUUAAAGAGACAUGUUCAGAUAGAACCAGAAACAUUGUACCUGGCAGUGACCGAGAAUGGGCAAUACUACUCACUUUUAACGACGGCAGACUUACAGCGAUGCAAACUUGGCAUAUUUGCCAUUUGUGAAGCCACCUUUCCAUUCAUACAUAAGACUCGAGCAUCUUGCUCUUCAGCUUUGUAUUUCGGUCAGGCAGAAUUCGCCCAUGACCUUUGUCGAAAGCAUAUUCUUAAUGAAAACUUUAAUCCUGUAUGGCUUCAAGCUAAGGGGCCUCACCCCUUUUGGAUAUAUAGUCUGCCCUCGCCAACAGUUGUUACAAAGAAAUGUAAAGUAAAUGGAACUACUCAGAGUUCUAAUUUGGAAUUGUCCCAUACUGGCACGUUAACGGAAGAUACACACUGUCAAUUUUACUCGGAAGCUUUUGUUUUGUUACCGGUAUCGGAUGGAUACACCAACGUGACGAUCACCGGCAGUCAGAUAUUCCUACCCCACCUGCCCGAGCUGAUAUCGCCCGGAGAGCGCGACCAGAUUAUGCUCGAUGAGACACAAACACAUUGAGCGCUGGCGGCCUUGGAAACCAUCGCCAGGCGGAGCUCACCUAACCAGCAGCAGUCGUACGUGGAACUACGAGAACUAUUGGCAAACAUGGCCAGUAAUACAACGACUACCAGUCAAACCACCUGGGUAUAUGCACUAGUAACCAUCAGCAUUAUAGU